UUCCCAUUGAAACUUAACCUCCGGUUGUUGUGCUGUUAUAUUCUUUCUUUCCAUUUCUCAAUCGCAAAUAUAAACAAAUAAGGAGAAAGGAAAACCUCACAGAUCUGAGAACCCCCUCUCUCUGUCUCUAAGAUCCAUGGCUCGCUUUUUUCUCUUCUCAGUAAUUGCUUCUCUUCUAUUUUCUCUUUGUUUCGCUGAGAUCCGAUCUUCUGAUGUCCGAUCCGAUGACCGUCCUAUUAUCCCCUUCGACGAGUUUGGGUUUACCCACAAGGGUCAACUCGAGCUCAGCGUCUCUAACAUCCACCUUUCUAACCAAAACCCUGAUCUCGACCUCUCCAAGGUCGGAUUCUUCCUCUGCACCAGAGAUUCCUGGCUCCACGUCCUCCAGCAGAUCGAGGACGGCGAGAUCACUUGUGCUCUCCAAUCCGACCUCAUCAAGCACGUCUUCACCUUCAACAAGCUCCAAAACGGCCAGACCAACUUCUCCGUUAUCUUUCCCGAAAACGACGCCGAUCAGUACACUCUUGUUUUUGCCAAUUGCUUGAAUUCGCUCAAGGUCUCCAUGGACGUCAACUCGGCCAUGUAUAAUCUCGAGAGGAACGGUAACCGCGAUUAUCUCUCUGCAGGCAAGACCAUUCUCCCUCGAGUUUAUUUCUUGUUCUCACUUAUUUAUUUUGGUCUCGCCGGAUUAUGGAUUCACGUCCUGUAUAAGAAACGACUCACCAUUUUCACAAUCCAUUUCUUCAUGCUGGCCGUGGUUGUUUUGAAGGCCUUGAAUUUAUUAUGUGAAGCAGAGGAUAAGUCUUAUAUCAAGAGGACUGGUAGUGCUCAUGGAUGGGAUGUGCUAUUUUAUAUGUUCAGCUUUUUGAAGGGGAUUACUCUGUUUACUUUGAUUGUGUUGAUUGGAACGGGAUGGUCGUUUUUGAAGCCCUACUUGCAGGACAAGGAGAAGAAGGUUUUGAUUAUUGUGAUUCCUCUCCAGGUGGUGGCAAAUAUGGCUCAGGUGGUCAUCGAUGAAACAGGACCAUACGGUCAGGACUGGAUCACCUGGAAGCAGGUGUUUUUGCUGGUUGACGUUGUGUGCUGCUGCGCCGUUUUGUUCCCCAUUGUUUGGUCCAUUAAGAACCUGCGCGAGGCCGCCAGGACAGACGGGAAGGCCGCGGUGAAUUUGAUGAAGCUGACACUUUUUAGGCAGUAUUACAUCGUGGUUAUUUGCUAUAUUUACUUUACCCGAGUGGUAGUAUACGCAUUGGAGACUAUUACUUCAUACAAGUACCUAUGGACCAGCGUGGUGGCUGGAGAGCUGGCCACAUUGGCCUUUUAUGUGUUUACUGGAUAUAAGUUUAAGCCUGAGGCGCAUAAUCCAUAUUUUGUGAUCGAUGAUGAGGAGGAGGAAGCUGCAGCAGAGCAAUUGAAGCUGGAAGAUGAGUUUGAGUUGUAAUUCCUUUAGAUAUCGAUUGAACAAGAUGCCUUUCCAGCAAAUUGGGAUGAUUAAGGUUUAUCCAUGACGCUCGAAUGACCGUUUUAUCAAGGAAUCUACUUUCUUUUUCGGCGUCGGGUGGUAUAGCUAUCUCCAGGAUGCUCAUGGCAACCGCUGAUGGAUUGCUCCGGUCCCUUAUGAGCACUUUCCUAUCACCACAUGCAAGCUGGCUUUUCUCUAGGCCUCUGUUGUUUAGAUUCCAUUUUCGGCUGAACCACAAUACUGGUCCUUGCAUUUUCUUUGUUGGCUUCCACUUGUUUUUUUUUUUUUGAGAUUUUUCUAAAUUUUCAAACCAGAGGUUGUUGUUUGUUGGAAGGGAGGCUCUCCCUCUCGGUUUGGCUUCGGGAAGUUUUCAGUUUGUGAACAUACCCUCACCGUCACCGACAGCGCCCUCUGCAUUCCUCUGUUUUGUGAAGCUGGGUUGUCUUACUUUUCGGGUUUGACCCGGUUCUUUUAGGAUUUGAGUGGUUUUUCUGCUUGUUGGACUUUUAAUUUGAUAGUAAUUUAUUUCUAUUUUAGGCCUAAUAUCCUUGUUAGUCAUUUUUAAGUCCUUUGGAUGAAGAUGUAUUCUUUUUUUUUUUUUCUAAUCAAUAAAAAUCUACUU